AUGACCCUCGUAACUGCAGCAAGGGAAGUCCCCAUUAAGCCUGGACACAUGCUCGCAGCGAGGCUUGAAACAAGCGAAGGCCUAAUCCCUUGCUGGAAAGCGGUCACGGAGGUCAAAUCCUGCUCAAACGAGAUCAUCAUCUUCUUCCUCACUGGCAAGGCCACAAUCAGUCCAGACUGUUGCCGUGCCAUUUCUAUCAUAACCCAUAAUUGUUGGCCUGCCAUUUUUACUUCCAUCGGUUUCACAGCCGAGGAAGGCAAUAUUCUACGAGGCUAUUGUGAUGCAGCUGCAGCUGAAGCUGCAGCGCCCUCAGCUGCUGCUGCCGCCGCUCCUUCCUGA